UAAACCAUCACGGUUGGGAGUUACUACUUAACCAAAUCGACAAAGUCAAGUCGUGAUCAAACAGAUUUGAAAAGAUAACAUCAUUUCGUAGCGUUAUUUGAUUGUUAAUGCCAUAUUGUUUUGGCAAUAUCAUUUUUUCGGCCAGUUAUUUAAUCUAAAAGUGCUCAGCUUGGCAGCGGAAAUAAUUUUUUCACUCAAUUCAACUCGUAAAAUCUGCGUCAAAAAUCUUAAGAAUUGUAAAAAAAAUGUGACGCUAAAGAAUAGCCAAAAAUAGGUUUUGACCGAUUAAUAAGGUCACCGAUAUUGCUGAGGGUCACAAAUUUUUCGUCUUUAACUAUAAGAAGUCAACAACCAGUUAUUUAAACAACAACAGUAGCAGAAAAAAACGACAAUUAUGCUCAAGCCGUUACACUGUAUAUGCCAAACAUCAGCAAAGCUCGCUUUAUUAUUCAAAUACUUCUUUAAUGCUGACGCAUAACUGUGUUUAUGAAGAAAGAAAUCUACUUUAACUACAAAAAAAUUGACAGCCUAGCCAUGUUUUAAAUUAUCUAAACGCCAAAUAUGAUUUAGCUAUUAUUUUGUGUCAGAGUGAUAGUUGAUAAUGUUGAAUGGUGUAUACGUUUUAAUACAUCGAAACCACUGGCUUACUACAUUUUUUUCGGUUCUUGCAUAUAAAUAUGAAAUUUUCUCAAAUUUGAAAAAUCAUUAUGGAAAGUCAUAUCGUUACUGUUUCGACACCUGCUGGAUAUAUCAAAGGAUCCGUGAAAACAACACGAUAUGGAAGCGUUGCUAAUCAGUUCCUGGGAGUCCCUUAUGUACAAAACCAGCCAGUUGGUCAAUACAGAUUCAAAAAGUGUGAUUUGUUAACCAAACUACCAGAAGAGAGUUUCGAAGCAGUUUCAUUUGGAAAUGCUGCUAUUCAACCGCCUGGAUUUACCAAUCCAGACAUUCAGAAAAACGAGGAUUGUCUAUCUAUCAAUAUAUGGACUCCAAAAAUGAAACCAGAAAAUCAACAAAACGCCACAGUGAAUCCAAAACUGCGUCCAGUAUUUGUUUUUAUCCAUGGAGGAGCCUUUCAAGGAGGCACAGCUUCGGACAGAAUUUACAAUGGAGCUAAUUUAAGUGCCAGCCAAGAUAUUGUAGUUGUGACUUUCAACUACCGUCUCGGAGUUCUCGGAUUCCUCAAUUUGCCCGGGGUAGUGGAGCCUAAUCUGGGUUUGAGGGACCAGGAAGUUGCUCUUCAGUGGGUGGACUCCUAUAUUGAGUGCUUUGGAGGGAACCCAAAUAAUAUCACACUUUGUGGCCAUAGCGCUGGAUCAGUGUCGGUGGCCUAUCACUCUAUCAACCCAAACUCUCACUUCAACUUCGAAAGAAUCAUUUUGAUGAGUGGAGAUGAAAAAGAGCUAUUCGAUUAUCUUUUAAAAUAUUUAGCUCCGACGUUUUGGUCCACAUCAACCCAAUCAAACAAGGAAGAUUGUGAGAGAUCAAUAAAAUAUUCAAACGAGUUCUUGAUUCAGAACGGUUGGAAGGAUCAACAAAACACCACACACGAAGUAGAAUUGGUUCAAAAAUUUCUUCAAGAUCUACAUGUCGAGGCUUUCCACAAUCAAAACGUCAAAUCGUCUGGAAAAAUUAUGAAGUUCAUUCCGUUUAUGGAUUUCGAUUUUCAGAGCAAUCUGAUCAAAAUUCAGACAAAAUUGAACAAAAUUAGGGAAAUUUUGAUUACAUCAACCCAAUCUGAGGGUGAUGCAUUUCUAUGUAACUUUUUAAGAGAAAAAAUUAGCGAUCGUCUAAAUCAAAACGACAGAGAAUUAUACACAGGCUCAUUAGCGCGAGUUUUUGAGAGAUUUUUACCCAAAGAUGCUCAAAAUGGCGAGAAUUACGAGAAAAUUUGUAACUUUUAUGAGGGAAAGAAAGUUCUUUUUGGCGAUGUUGAAGAGACAUUAUUCCACAAAUGUGCUUUAGCCGUCGGAAAUUAUUUGAGCGAUUAUCCUCUCCUGAAAUGCCUCAAAUUCGUUCUCAAAAUGAAAUCAGAUGCUACAAAAGUAUACUUCAAGUUGCACGAUUAUAAGCAAACGAACGGCCGACUUCCGGAUUACUUUAAUUGUACACAUGGUUAUGAAAUGCCGCUACUUUUUAACUUCUUGAAUGAAAACCACACUCAAAAAGACCAAGACGUAAGCGUAAAAACUAUGAAUUUAGUCGGUGCAUUGUGCCGAUUUGAUGAAAUUUCAUCAGAAGAUCGUGAACAAUUAUUUGGUUCACCUGUUACGCUCAAUAUCGAAAAACUGCAACCAGAAAUCAAAAUAAAAAACUUGAGUAUUUCAAAAACCGAAGAUGAUUUGGUUAAAUAUGGAUCGGGUGACGCAGUUAAUCACGAGCUAGCGUAUUGGGAUAUUUUAGAGUUCUGGGAUGAAAUUGCGCCUCUCGACUAUUUCAACUAAAGCAGUGUGGUUGACAGUUGAAAAAACGUGCAUUCGCUAAACUAAUGAUGAUUGGUUUGAUAAAAAGUUGGAAUAAAAUUUCUAAAUGUCGGUUACCUAUGACUGAUAGAUUAUUUUUGCCUAAAAUGCACAUUUCAACUUACGUUCAAUAAAAUCUUUUAUGUUAA